AUGAGUGGCGGUGGUGGAAGUAAUGGGUACGACGCUGGUGCCCUGCCCGGCUCAUCAGCAAAGGCGGAAGCCUCGCCCAACUUGCUCAUUGAGGCUUUCAAUCAAGCUGUGCGGCCCUUCUCCGACAAGAUCGAGGGCUUAGAGCAUGAGAUUGCCGAUCUGAGAGCCUACAUUGCAAGUCUGGAGAGACAGCAGAGUGAAGUCCACGCUUGGAUUGACAAGAGAGGCUUACGACCAGAUGUUCCCCCAUCCAUUGCCCAAAUCAUGGACAGCGCCUCGCACGCUUCAUCCCCCACGCACGCCGCCGCAACACUCAAUGCGCAGCUAGACCGAAAAAUCACCAUUGUGAACUUUGACCUCCACCGUCUACAAGACGACCUCAACGACUCCCUCCCCACUCCAUCCUUCUCUGCUUGCAUGCUGAAGUUCCUCCCCGACAUCUCCCGCCUCUCAGCCCUCCCCUCUGGCCCGCGCUACGCCUUCGACCUCCUCCUCAAACUGGGCGGAAAUCUGAACUCACAUGGCGGUUUAGAGAACGGCGACGAAGAUGACAUCAUGGAGCGAAAGAGCUUUUACGGCAGGUUAGACGAGGCCAUGGUGGAUGUGGUGAAUGGAAGAUUCCGCGAGGAAGCCGAUAGUUGGGGCGUGCAGAGGGAAAUCAAGAGAAUCGAGAAGACGGGAGCAUAUUUGCGCAACUGGGGCGUCGAACCCUACUUUCCCAAGACGUUGGAUGUCAUGAGAGAUGGGAAUAGACAUCAUGGCUCGUCGUCCGGACCGGGACAACAGGCUGUUCCUGGUGGGCCCGCGCCCGAUUAUGCUUAG